AAAAAUAAGCCGUUUUGUUGGGAAUGCUUGUUCAGCACAACUGACAAGUGCCUUAGCACUGGAACAGCACUGGCUACAGUUUAACCAGGGUUGCUAAAACAAACAAACAAGAAAACAUUAAUGCUCACUGUAGCGGUUUGUCUGAAAACUUCGAGGAACACACGAGGGGGUCUUCAACGAGAUGAACACAACAGGAAGAGAGACUUCAGUCCGCUACUGGUGCACGUGAAAUACGGUAGUCCACUCCGGUCUUGGCUCUCCUUGUGGAGCAGGGCUGCAACAGAGGGAUGCGGAGAAGGAGAGAAGAGAGGAGAGGAGAGCGAUAGCUCGCUGCCGAUCUGAUCCUGCUCUCUUUCCACUCCCUGCCCCGUGUGCAGUGGAAGAGAGUGUAGGUGCGUUCCUCCCUUUGCUCUUUGCCGCGGGUCCAGGCCGUUGGCCGGGAGGCAGAGCCGGGCUAUGCUGAGGAACCGGAGCUCUGAGCUGCUGAUGGCGGACAGGGAGGUUCUGCUGGACCUGGACUACGCCGGGGAGCAGCACACGGCCGACUGCUACGGCAGCCUGCAGAACGGCGGGUUCAUCCCGCCGCGAUUCCUUGCCGCUGCUACUGCUGGCGAUGAUGACGAGGAGGAAGGUGAUGACCCCAUCUACGUCCACUGCGAUAAGGGGGGUCGUCAGCCUUCGCGUCCCAAAGGGAACUGCUUCAGAGAUGGGAAAACCAAAAUAGACUUUGUGCUGGUGUGGGAGGUGCGGUCUCGCAGGAAGCGGCGGUCCCGGGCGCGAGGGCGGGCCGACGGGGCGGAGCAGGGCGAGGGCGCCCCCGAGGAGGCCAGCCGGUCCGAGCGGCGGAAGGCUCAGCAGGCGCGAUGGCGGGACAAGUUCAUCCAAAACCUGCAGACGGCCGGGCUGCUCCUGGAGAAGGAGGAGACUGUGAGCGUGAAGAAAACCAUCCAUUAUAUGAAGCUUAGCGCUCCCUGGGAUGUGCUGGUCUACUACGCUGAGGAGCUGGCUCUUAGAGCACCCCUACAGGCUCAACCUAAUCCAGACAUCAACACGUCAGAUCAGGUCCUUCGGAAGCUCUGCAUCCCGAACGUCAUGGCGCAGUCCGUACCAAACAAGCCGGUGGACUACUACACCUGUGCCUUCCGCAAAUCCAAGAUGGAGAAGUUCCUGGGCUCUGAGGACCAUGAAAACUACUUUACUAACACACAGCGUCAUCGCGUUGUGUACGAGAUCCUGUCGCGCACGUCGUACGGCAAGCGGAAGCGGGCCGAAGUGGGCGUGGCCAGGCUGCUGAACGAAGGCGUGUUCACGGCGGUGUUCCCGCUCCACGAGGGCCCCUUCGCGAUCAAGGACAACGAGAUCCCGCCGGACCAGCUGAACCAGCGGCAGGUCCUGUUCCAUUACUGGGCCCGCUGGUCCCGCUGGUACAAGUACCAGCCCCUGGACCACAUCCGCGAGUACUUCGGCGAAAAGAUCGCCAUUUACUUCGCCUGGCUGGGAUUCUACACCGCUUGGCUCCUCCCCGCUGCAGUGGUCGGAACUUUUGUGUUUGUGUCAGGAAUCAUGACGAUGGGGAGCAACACUCCUGCGAAGGACAUCUGCACCAGCGGCGGGCACUACCUCAUGUGCCCACUCUGUAACACCUGCAGCGUGUGGAACAUCUCCGACAUCUGCCCCAUGGCAAAGCUGGGGUACCUGUUUGACCACCCCGGCACGGUCUUCUUCAGCGUCUUCAUGUCCUUCUGGGCCGUGACCUUCCUGGAGUACUGGAAGCGCAAGAACGCCACGCUGGCGCACCACUGGGACUGCAUGGACUUCCACGAGGAAGAGGAGCGGCCGCGCCCGGAGUUCGCCGCCAUGGCCCCGGCCAUGGAGCACAACCCGGUGACGGGGGUGAAGGAGCCCUACUUUCCCAAAAAGGACCGGAUGUCUCGCAUGCUGACCGGCUCCAUGGUCAUCGUGAUAAUGCUGUGCGUGGUGAUGAUCUUCCUGGUGACGGUCAUCAUGUACCGCGGAAUCGUCAGCGUCAUGAUGUUCCACACCGGGAGCUCCAUGCUACGCACUCAGGCGGGGAACAUCGCCAACAUCUCCAGCAGCAUGGUGAACCUGGCACUCAUCCUCCUCAUGGGGCAGGUGUACACCGCGCUGGCCGAGCGGCUCACCAAGUGGGAGAUGCACAGAACGCAGACGCAGUAUGAAGACGCCUUCACCUUCAAAGUGUUCAUCUUCCAGUUUGUCAACUUCUACUCCUCCCCCUUCUACGUGGCUUUCUUCAAGGGAAGGUUUGUGGGUUAUCCUGGUCACUAUGGGACUUUAUUUGGGAUGAGAAACGAAGAUUGUGGCCCCGGGGGCUGCCUGAUCGAACUGGCCGAGCAGCUCUUCAUCAUCAUGGUCGGGAAGCAGCUCAUCAACAACGUCCAAGAAUUUGUCAUCCCGAAGGUGAAGGCGUGGAAGCAGAGGAGGGACAUGGCCGCCGUCAGAGGCACGCAGGCGCCCCAGGAGCCCCCCCGCUGGGAGGAGGACUACGAGCUGAUCGAAUGCGAGGGGCUCUUCGAGGAGUACCUGGAGAUAGUUCUUCAGUUCGGCUUCAUCACCAUCUUCGUGGCGGCCUUCCCGCUGGCGCCGCUCUUCGCCCUGCUCAACAACUGGGCCGAGGUGCGCCUGGACGCCCACAAGUUCGUCUGCGAGUACCGGCGGCCCGUGGCCGAGCGCGCCCAGAACAUCGGCGUCUGGUUCUACAUCCUGGACGUCCUGUCCCACGUGUCCGUCAUCGUCAACGCCUUCCUGAUCGCCUUCACCUCCGACUUCCUGCCGCGGCUGCUGUACCAGUACAAGUUCCACCAGGACCUGACGGGCUACGUCAACUUCACCCUGGCCUACUCCCCUCCGGAUUACAACUACGCCAACCACACCAUGUGCAGGUACAAGGCCUUUCGGGACAGCAAUGGGACCUACACCCUGUUCUACUGGGAGCUUCUAGCAGUCCGGCUGGGCUUCAUCAUUGCUUUUGAGCACGUGGUCUUCUUCGUCCUCCGCGCGAUCGACUGGAUGGUGCCGGACGUGCCGGGGUCCCUGGAGCUGAAGAUCAAACGGGAGCGCUACCUGGCCAAGCAGGCGCUGGCGGACAACCAGGAGGCUCUGCUGGUGAGUCGGGGGUCGGCCACCAGCCCAGCAAGCAACACGUCUGCUGGCAUCAUGAGCUGAGGCUGCAGUGAAGAGCAGGCUCCACCGGGGGGGCGCUGUCCUGAGUCGGUGGGGCUGCAGUACGGGUGGUGUCUUCAUCUAGGAUUUUCUCCUUGAUUGUUGUCCUCUAAGGGUUAUGUGCUGGCCACCUGUCCGGCUAUGUGUGUGUGUGUGUGUAUGUAUGUACAGUAUGUGUGUGUGCGUGUCUGUGUGCACGUGUGUGUGUGUGUAUAGGUGUGUGUACGCGUGCUAUUUGACUAAUGGUUUUGUUCAUCCCUUCAUUGCAACAGUUACAUAUUUUGUUUUCUAUUGUUAUUGCCAUCUACUCUUUACACUGCACACGAAGAACACAUGUAACUGGAAUGUACUGGGGAUUUUUCAGUGUACGAUUAAUCCCAAUCUUAACACUGUUCAUCUAGUCUCCCUGUUGUAUCUCUUGCCUCUUGUAAUGUAUAUAUACAUAUGCGAUUAUAUAGAUAUAUAUUUCAGAGACAUGUCCUGCCUUUAUAUAUUAUUGCUCUAUAUUUAUAUGGAAAAAAAACUGACGUAACUAAUCAAAACAUGAAAAUAUUCUUGUUGCUUAUUAUGUAUUAGUAUGAUAAUAGCUAUCGUAUGAAAUACAGGAGGCUGUUUUCUGUCUUUUCUGUUUUGAAAUAAAGCUGGUUUAAUGAAUGUAUAACUGAA